AACCGAGGCAGAUCGUAAAGCAAGUGUAUAUAUAAGAGUGUAAAAUGUCGCGUUGCAAUUCAGAUAAACUUCAACGCCGAUUAAGCACGAUUUAUGUCCGGCGAGUCACCAGCACAAUGAAAUCCGUGAUGUACCUCGCAAUUGUUUUCACGGUGCUUAACUUCGUUAACGCCCGACCAUUUCCUCAAUUUGAUGGCGGUCGAGAGGGAUUAGCCGCUAGAGACACGACAUACUAUGGAUUUCCAUUGUUCUGGUACAGAAGACCUUUCUACGACGACGGUGACGACGACAUUGUUAACGGAGGUCAAGUUUUAGGAAAGAAAAGAAAACCAUCUACUGUGUCCUACAUUAAAGUCGGUUCCGGCUGGGGUCGCUAAAAAAAUUACCGAGAGGAAACUAAAACAAUCAGACGACGAUAUCCAGAAAAUUUCGCAAACUCAACUAACAGACUGCGUAUCUAUCUUAUUAUUGAAUAUUUAUCAGCUAAAAUUUUAGUAUUACUAUUUUUCUAUUAUUUUAAAUAUAUAAGUAAUUGUAUAUACUUACAUAUUUAUAUCAUUUAUAUAGAAGAUGAAAAUCACAAAGCAUAUUUGUGCACACAUUCCUUCAUUUUAUAAAUAAAUUUUCGAUAUAUAUAUAUAUAUGUCACAAUAUAAUAUCAUGUUUGAUAUAAUCCUACGACGAUACGUCGCAAGUGCCCAAAACCUUGAAGAUUCGCACCAUCUGUGUUGGUCUAAGAGGAUUAUCUCAAUAAGCGGAUAAACAACAAUUAGUUAAAUUAGUUCCUACGGAAAGCUGCAACUGUUACGAGGCAUCGUCGCAUGCUAAAAUCACAACCAAAUAUUUGCCUACACGAAACCAUUGCAGCAGCACAUAUAAGCGAUUGUGUGAAACACUAAAACCCAGUGUCAGCUAUGAACUGAAAGGUAACAGAGCGUUCACCAAUGAAGCAUCAUAAUAUCUUCCAAUUAAUUCUCACUUUGAUGACCGCAAUUGAAGUGGCUUUAAUGCCUAUAAGAGAUUUUGAAUUGGGACACAGAACUAUCUGGCAAAAUGUCGGACUACACGGUUUCUACGGGCCGUGGAAUAUCGCGGCAAAACAAAAUGGGGAUUACGUCGAUUAUAAUGAUUACGGUGUCCGCGUCGAACAGUUCCGGCCUAAUUCGCUAGAGCUGCCAUACGACGAUGUAUCGAUAGCUAACGGAUAUAUCGACGAGUUACCCUCGGUUUACGAUAGCCUGCCGGAAUUUAACACGUUUCUCAGCUCCGUGGGCCUCGCCGAUUUCCGGACUGGAGUUCGUACCGGUGAUUGGAUCGAUCGAAAUACUGAUGGCACCACGGAACGGUAUUCGAAGGAUAUUGGUUCUCAGAAAACCGAUGAAGAUACGAAGGAGCCUGAAGACUCUGUGAUUCCAAAUGCAGCGAUACAUUGAGAAAUUUUGUAAAAUAAAAUGUUUA